AUAAAUUUCGUGAACAAGAAAAAAAAAGAAAAGAACAAAUAGAUUGUUUAACUAAACUAUUAUAUACUAAAGAAAAAGACAAGUAUAAGGCAAUAGAAAUAGAAGAUGCAACAUAUAAUACCAUUAGAUAUUUCAGAAAAGAAUCAGCAAAAAAAUCAGAAGAACUUCGAAAAUUAAAACAACAAAUAAAACAAUAUGAGGAAGAUCAAGAAGCGAAGAAAGCGGGAGAAAAACUGCGAAAAGAAUGA